AUGUAUUCUGCUGACGCCCUGCCUCCCCGGCAGGACCCGCUUCUGCACUUUCUUGUCAACUUGUUAAUGAGGGAUGGUAAGAAGGCUUCUGCAGAGCGGUACAUUGCUGAUAUGCUCGGACAUAUGGCCAAACUUACGAAUUCGGAUCCGCUCCCUUUGGUGUAUGAAGCUGUGGAACUCGCCAAGCCCAUUUUGCGUAUGCAAUCCCGAAAACAAGGAGGUAAGACUAUGCAAGUUCCUAUUCCCUUGAACGCACGGCAAAGCACGCGCCGUGCUCUUGUGUGGAUCAUCGAUGCGAGUAACCGCCGCUCUGACCGCUCGAUCAGCCGACGCUUAGCUGUUGAGAUGCUGGCCAUCCUAGAAGGAAACAGUUCCGUCUUAUCGCGGAAAGAAGAGCAACACAAGGUCGGCAUGAUCAAUCGCGCCAACGCUAGUAUCCGUAUUUAG